UUCCAGUCCUUACUCUUGCAAUAGACAUUAUAAGAAAGCCAUGCAUUAUCUAUAAAGAUACCAACCACUAUCAAUAAAUCAUAAAUGGAAUUACCCAUUACAAGGAGGGAAAAUGGAAACACAUACCUUAAGUGAUUCUCACCAAACCAACUUCACAAAUUUUCUGUUUCGUUGAAGAUUGAACAUAUACUCCUAUAAGAAAAGAUAUACCAGGAAGAGAAAGAGGAAGAGAGAGAAAGUAGAAGGAAGAGUCAAAGAAGAAAGAGAGAGAAAGUAAAGACCAUAACCUCCAAUUGACACAAGUUUUACUCUUAUAUAUAAGCAAUAUAGCCCUAAAAACUUGUGAGUUAUUUCCCAUAACUCAACUUUCCUCUGAAACAAAAGAUGUUCAUUGGCCAUUUUGUUAAAAGAUCCCACCUUUUCUAUCCAAUCUUGCAUAAUUCUCAGAUCCCAUUGACUUCUCAUGGAAGUAGAAAUGCCAACCUCAUUUCAUUGCCAAUAUUCUCGAAGUUUCUAAAUCUGAUUAUACGAUCAAAAUCGUCUUGCUCAGUCACAGCUAGUGAAAGUGAAACUUCAUUUCAUUGCAAUCACGAAAGGUCGUAUCAAGUUGUGGUAGCUGCAACUCGAGAAAUGGGGAUUGGAAAAAAUGGGAAAUUGCCGUGGAAUUUGACUUCUGAUCUCAGAUUCUUUAAGCUGCUCACGAUGAACACAUCCGUUGAAGCCAAAAAGAAUGCAGUUAUCAUGGGUAGAAAAACUUGGGAAAGCAUUGCUCCAAAGUUCCGGCCUUUGCCUGGCCGUCUCAAUGUUGUCCUGAGUCGCGCAGGAAUGGUGGAAGUAUCGAGUACAAAAGAUUUGAUAGUGUGCAACAGCCUAUCCUCGGCACUGAAGUUAAUGGCUAAACCACCUUAUUACCUGUCUAUUGAGAAGGUGUUUGUUAUUGGAGGUGGCCAAAUCCUUAAGGAAGCACUGAACGGUCCUGGUUGUGAGGCGAUUCACUUGACUGAGGUAGAGGCAAAUGUCGAAUGUGACACUUUCAUUCCUCGAAUUGAUUUAUCGAUGUUCAGUCCAUUGUUCUCGUCCAUUAAAAUGGUGGAAAAUAAUGUACAGUUUUGUUUUAUUACUUACGUCCGCAAUCUGCAUCAAGCUGAGCUUGAUUAUGUUAAGCAGAUUCAACUGAAUAUUGCUGGUGGGAAUGUGGUUCAAUAGGCUGUGUAACUUUUACUACUACUGCUGAGCAUGUCUAAUCUUUGAUCAUUGUUUAGGACUGAUGACUGCAAAUAGUGAAAUAUACUGUAGAUUUUUUAUUGGUCAUGGGCAUGGGCGAAGCUACAUGGGAGCUGGGAGGCCCGGCCCCCCUUGCCGAAAAUGUGAUCUCUUGUAAAUUUGACUUUGGCUCCCCUUACUAAUAUGAUAUAUAGUUUCAAGAGAGUAAAAAUAUAAUAAAAAUUACUAUAGCUUAAUGGUUGAACUAACAUAUUUGUAAUCUAAGGUUUAGAGAUCAAACCCUA